CCCGCGCCGCCGAAGAGUCAGUUCGCUGCGGCCCGCGGUCCCCAGUGUCGGCGCGCGCGAUGGCGCAUGCUACCCCGCCGAGCGCGCUGGAGCAGGGCGGCCCCAUCCGCGUGGAGCACGACCGCCAACGCCGCCAGUUCUCCGUGCGCCUCAACGGAUGUCAUGACCGAGCUGUCCUGCUCUAUGAGUAUGUGGGCAAGCGGAUCGUGGACCUGCAACACACAGAGGUCCCAGAUGCUUACCGUGGGCGUGGCAUUGCCAAGCACCUGGCCAAGGCUGCCCUAGACUUCGUGGUGGAGGAAGACCUGAAGGCCCACCUCACCUGCUGGUACAUCCAGAAGUAUGUCAAGGAGAACCCCCUGCCACAGUACCUGGAGCGCCUACAGCCAUGACCCUGGCCACUGUGUGCAGGAGUGCACCCUGUGGGCCUUCUGUGUGGGCCUCAGCCAGCUCAUGUGCUCUCAGGAACCUGUUCCCAUGGGGACAGGCUCAGAGUUAUUUUUGCAAGGACACUCGUCUGCAGCCUUCAUCCAGGAUUCUGGGGACCAGCUGCUGGCUGUGGAUGUGUGAAAAUCCAGAGUGGGACGAAGGGCAGGCCAAGUGGCCAAGACCCGCUUCCCACAGAGAUCCUCCAGCUCUGUUGAGGUCCUCCUCCUACCAGCCACACAUCCCCUCUGGCCUGGCUACUGGGUCCCUGCUCUGAUCAGCAAGAGGGUGAUGUAGAGUCCCUGCCACCACCUGCUGGCAUCGUGUCCUUUCUGCAAAUGAGGAGGGUGUUCCUGGAGCCAAGAAGAACAACAGGAACCCUGUGUGCCAGCUUCCCAAGGUGGAGGUGCCAAGCCUUAGCCACAACCAGUGCUAACCCUUUCUCUGUCUCAGACUUGCGUGCCCUGGCACAGGCAGUGGAACGGCAGCAGAGGGCAGCCAAUCCUGGCAUGUGAGAGAGCCAAGGAUUCAGCUCUGGCCCAGGUCCAUCUGUGAGCACGCACACCAACACAUGAGCACAAGAGACAGGGCAGGUGCCCACACUGUUUGGCUUCUCAUGUGGGUUCUGCAAGAAAACAAGGUCCCUAUCAGAGGGUCUACCUUCUCAUGCAGUCACCUGCAGGAGCCAGCCAGAGCUUAGUGUGGUCUGCUGAGCAGUCCAGUCCCCUCAGCCCUCGCUGACCUUCAGCUGGAUUUGCCAGGGCCUUUCUUGUGGGUCACCUUCAAGAUGAAUGAGAUGGUGGCACACAAGAUCCAUUUCCUAUCUUUCCUUGUACUCCUGGCUUCUGGCCAUCUCCCCACUGCUACUUAGGCUACUCCAGGCAUCUGUGCACAGACACCUUCCCACUCUACAGGAGGACUGCAAUCUGGACCAGGAAGCCAUGCAUCCUGGCUGGGAGAUCUUAAGCUCUGAAUCCUUGGGCCUCACUCACCACUGCAGUCAUGGGCACAGACCCUUAUGGUCGCCACCCUUGGCAUCUCCCUACCUCCUGCACCUCUGGCUCUUACCCUGUUCUUGAUGCUCCUCUUUCAGCCUCCUAGAGUUCCAGGAUAACCCAGCAUCCUCCUCACUACUGCCUCUCCUCUGCCACCCCGUUCUGUCUGACAGGGACUCUUCGGGGUCCAGAGAAACCCCUGGGCCUCUAGGAAGACACUGCUGCCUGCUCUGACAGCGGCGGUGGCAGUGUGUCCACAAUACAGUACUUGAAUGAGGGCCCUGAGUCAUGUGGACCCAAGAAGAAUGGCUGGGCUUCCUCCGUGGGCUUGUCUCGCAUUCCUCACGGCCUUGGCAGCCUUAAAGUCCCACUGACCGUGCCCCGGGGGCUUCAUAGCCUUGCAGUGUAGCAAUAACUCUAUCUCUGCCUCUUCCUUCUGGCCAAUACUGCCCAACUGGGCCACUCUGGUGCUAUUCCAUUUGCCUCCCCCUGCACCCCAACACCUGUUCCAUGUCCUGAAUCACUCCAGGAGCCUGCUUAGGCACUGGCCACUCUAGACUUCAUGUUGCUUCAGUAGGUCUGUGCUAUGCUCAGACCGCACCCUAGGUUUCCCUUCCUUGCCCAGUCUACACAGGCAGUAACUCAUGUGCCUUUCCUACUCUGAACCUGCCACCAGUAGUAUCUGGGCCGAGGCUGGUCUUGGGACCUGCAUCCCCUCACUUUUCUGACUUUUGAACACAUUGCAUGAUCCUGUUGGUCACUGACAAAAGACUAAGGCACAGUGAGGUCAGGGGGCCCCAGAGCGAAGAAAUCAGGCAAGAUAGGUUGUGUAGGAAGUGGUCCUCCCUGGUGCCCAGCCUAUUUCUUGUUCCUCCACUGCCUGCAUAGUUGGACAGCUCCACUGCAGGGGAGUCUAGACUCCAAAGGCUGCCAGAGCCUGACUGAGGUCUCCCAGCACAACAGUGCCAACAAGCAUCAGGAUCCCAGCCCAGGACGGAGAACUUUGCCAUCUGUAUUCCUGCUUCACACUACCUGAACCCUCAUUGCUGGACAACAGCUUUACAGGGAUUCCUAGAAGUCACGGUGCCACACUAGCCUCUGACACGUGAGCUGCUCUUUGCCCUGAAGCUGGUCAUUUAGGGGUUCCUGACAGACUGUUGGUAAGCACAGGAGCAGUGCAAGUGUUCCAAAACGGGAGCACAUGGAAUGUGCUUGUGCAGCCCCUCUUACACGGGACCUAACCCACAAGGGCCGGGGUAGCUUAGUGUACUGAGUGCAAGGCAGGGCAGUCAGGCUCGGUGGUCUCAUCCCCUCCUCAAUUCUCAUGCAAAUCCCAAGAGACACCACUUACUGGGACUGUCCUGCAGUUGAAGGGACAAGGUCAGAUUAAGUGAGUCACCAGCCUGCAACCCACACAACUAGACAGUUCAGGAUCUAAACCCAGUCCCUGACCCCUAGGUAGUCCCCAGCUUGUGUAUUGUGGUCAAAUGUCUACUUGGGAAACAAAUGACCUCUAAUACAUAACAUUUCUAGAAAUUCCCUUAUUCCUUUGAAGGGCUGAAAUGGGGAUCUGUCUUGAGUUGCAAGGUACACAUGGCCAGCAUUCAGAAGUCUGGCUUAUGAACGGGAGCACUCCCCUGGAGCACCUAGCCACUCACCCGUUGUUCCUCAGAUCAGGACUUGGGCUGGUUCGAGUCCUCCCGCACGUCCUUUUACUAGUCUCAGGGUCCUGCUUCCAGCUCAUUGCCCUAAGUUUCAUACCCGAGAUCCUGUGAGGCUGUGGCUUGAACCUUUAACUGCAACCUCGGGGAUCAUAUUUGGGGGGUUCAGCUGGGUCCUAUGGCUUCGAGAUAUUAAAGAUGCUUUUCUGUU